AUGGCAGAGCUUGGCCACUACACGGCCAUUAAAACUGAUUCUGAUCUAGAGAUCAGCUCAGAAACAGCCUGGGGGAAGAAGCUGACUAUGUGUCUGGCCUGGUACAGGUGCUCAACGGAUGGAAGCUUAAUCCCAAUGAUCUUCUCUGCUGACCGCACCAACCGUUGCAGUCUGUGUCUGUCCUGCUUGGUGGCUAAACCAAACCCACACAGUGAUGAAGGUGCAGAGGACAGACUGGAUGAUGGCAGUAUAGAAUAUGGGCAGCAGCUCCUGGGGCAGGUUGAACUUCCUGAGCUGUCUCAGGAUCGCCUGUUCAGUAUAAGCAGAAUCAGAGAAGGUUUCGGAGACGAUUUGUUGCAGUCGUCAUUGAGCAGCAGAGGGCCUGAAAAAGGUGUGGAUUGUGAUAAUUUCCAAAUAUCCGUCAAUAUUAGCCCACGUGGACAUCUGAUCCAAAGCAAGGACAACAAAUGCCUGUUCCUAGAUGAUGAGAACUUACUUCGAGCAUGUGACAUACCGAAGUCAUCAGAGCUUAGCUGCAAAUUCUUCCUCCAUAUGUACAUGGAAUCCACUUCAAACUCAGCAGGGAGAGCUGCCAUUCUGUACAGCAAUAAAGAAAAGAAAAAGAUGGUGGUAUGCUGCAAUGAGAGGAAUGAAAUAUAUUCUCAGGAAAUGGAUCUUCCAGACAAGAUUGCUGAAAGCAAACACAAUGCUGUGUUCUACUUACGGGCUCUGCCUGCAUCGAACAUGUAUACAUUUGAGUCAUCUGCGUACCUGGGAAAGUUCUUGGGAUUUGAGCCUGUGGAGAACAAUCCCUCUAUGAAGAAAUUGGUCUUGCAUUCUAAAUCUUCUGAUGAAGUUGAUGACCAUACUCAAUUUAAAAUAGUAUCAAAGGAUUAAUGAUUUCAAAGUAAAAACAAUUACACAGUCCCACCUGAGGCUUCACCCAAGCACCACCAAAAACCUUGUCUUUAUUUACCCAAUAUUGAACAGUUUAGAGAUUUAGAGUUUACAGAUCAUUAAUUCUAUUGUAGUAAUGAAAUCCAGAUUUCACACAAAAUGGUAUAAAUGUGAGCUGUAUUCAAUGAGUAAUAACCCAUGACUGUAUGUUAACAAGUGUCUUACAAUUUUUUAUAAUGGCCAAAAUAAAGUACAUUUUCAUUUCAGAAA